AUGGUGGUCAUAGCAGAGAGAAGCAGCUGACUGUGGUACAAACAUUUGGAGAUGAUAAACUUUGCAUCGCCCGGGACUAGUGAAAUCCCACCGUGCCGUUGCGUCACCGCCGCGUUUCUCGGAGCGGCCGAAGGCAAAACGCACCACGGCUGAAGAAGACCACCAAAGACCCCUCGACGCACUGCGUAUAUUCUAUAAACGCUUUAAUAUGUUGAAGUGAAACGGGACACACAGGAGUCACUCCUUCCUGCCCAGAUGGCAGAUUCCUGUGCUGUUCCAGACCAUUCCUCCAUGGAAAUUGAAGCCGAAUGCAGCACCAGUGCCUCAAAUGAGAAGUCAACUGAAGAGCCGAACAAAAAACUAAAAGUUGACCAUGAGCAUUCGACCAGUUUUUGGUUCUGUGAACAGUGCAAGAAGUAUUUCUUGGAGGAGUGUCCUACCCAUGGGCCCCCUGUUUUUGUGCCAGACACCCCUGUGCCAUCAGGCGUGCCCAAUCGGGCAGCUCUCACUGUACCCUCAGGCAUUGAGAUCCGCCGAGAUGGUAAUAAGGUGGACGUCUGCUGCAUGGAUGAAAAUAUACCAAAGGGGGCGCUGUUUGGUCCUUAUCAAGGCCAAAUAAUGGCUUCGGAUAAACCCUCAGGGCCGUACUCUUGGAUGAUUGUUGAUAAGGACAACAAAUAUAAAUUCAUUGAUGGGAGUGAUGAAACUACAUCUAACUGGAUGAGGUUUAUUCCGAUUUUGUCUGAUGAGAGUAAAAAGAACCUGAGUGCAUUUCAACAUGGUGAAGAAAUCUAUUUCCGAGUGUGUCAGAGAUUGACGGCGGGCCAGAAACUCUGUGUGUGGUACAGCAGCGAGUACAUGAGGCGCCUGCAGAGUGUGUCUCGGGACAGCAUUGACCGAAAUCUGGACACAGGAGUGAAAAUAGAAGAACAGGAGGAGCCCAGAGGUCCAGUGCUGAGAUCUGCAAUGCACGGUAGAAGAACCCUAAGUAAGCAUGGAAGUGAUGAAGCAGAAAACCAGCCCCAGGCCAAGAAAAAGAAGAUUGACCUCAUUUUCAAAGAUGUCCUGGAAGCAUCUCUAGAGGCUAAUCAAAGUCAGAACAACCCUCUGAACAGCACCUUGUCUUUUCAAAGAGCAAGAACAAAUGUCUGCCAGGUUUUCAGCCAGCCUGACGCAGAGAGUAAAGAGUCCAUCUUCGCCUCUGGAUUGGCUUCCAUGGAACACCACGAGAGUGGGUUUGAUGCAAAAUGCAUUAAAAUGGAAGAAACAGAAGAAGAUGCGACCCUGACCGGCGAAGGACCGUCAACAUCUUUCUGCCCAAACUGUGUGAGGUUAAAACGGCGAAUCCGUGAGCUGGAGGCUGAACUGCUUCGUCUCAGAGGACAGGGGAAUGCUGAAAUUAAGCCUUUACCACCAUCCGAACCACUUCCUAGUGAGGACCUCAGAGACGCCAUGACACCCAUUCCAACAGCGCUUGAGGAAGAUGACCAGGAUGUUGAUUCUGCUGAUGAAUCCAUUUCUGCCGACCUCAUGGUAGCUGCAGAUGAGUCUUCAAAACUCUCUGUUGGCUCAGGUCGUCGUAUUCGUCGCUUCAAACAGGAGUGGCUAAAGAAGUUCUGGUUUCUCCGUUAUUCACCCACACUCAAUGAAAUGUGGUGCCAUGUGUGCCGACAAUACACCGUCCAAUCUUCCCGCACCUCUGCUUUUAUUAUCGGUUCCAAACAAUUCAAAAUCCACACCAUUAAACUUCACAGCCAGAGCAAUCUGCACAAGAAGUGUUUGCAGCUUUAUAAACUUCGCAUGCACCCGGAGAAGACUGAGGAGAUGUGUCGUAACAUGAUGACUCUUUUUAACGCUGCCUACCAUCUAGCUUUGGAAGGACGUCCAUUUUCUGAUCUGCGACCCUUGGCGGAGCUCCUCAAGAAGUGCGACCUCAAAGUGGUAGACCAAUACAUGAACGAAAAUGACUGUCAGAUUCUCAUCCAACACAUUGCUCGAGCAUUCAAAGAAGAUUUGGCUGAGAAGAUUCGACUUUCGCCCUUUCUAAGCAUCAUCAUGGAUGGACAGAACGAUGAGCUCUUGGCUGACACCGUUGCCGUUUACGUCCAAUUCACCACCACUGAUGGGCUUCCAUCCACUGAGUUCCUUUCCCUACAAAGGCUUUGCGGAGGCAACGUGGAAGGCUACCUCCAAGCUGUGGAUCGUGCCUUUGGUGUCCUUGGUCUGAGACUCCAGGACAUGCUAGUUGUCGGCUUGGGAAUAGAUGGAUCAAACCUCUCCUCUAAUCUGAGAGCAAAAAUCUACGUAGCCAUACGAAAGACAAUCCCUUGGGUGUUGUGCCUACCUGUGAUGAUCCACCGCCCCCAUUUAGAGGUUCUGGAUGCCAUCAGUGGGAAGGAAUUGUCUUGCUUGGAGGAUUUGGAGAACAACCUGAAGCAACUGCUUAGCUUCUACCGGUAUUCUCCACGUAUGAUGAGUGAGCUGAGAUCGACAGCACCAACUUUGUCUGAGGAAACAGAAUUUCUUGGCGAUAUAAAGGCCGUUCGUUGGAUCAUAGGGGAACCCAAUGUUCUCAAUGCCCUAAUAAAGGACUAUCUAGAGGUGGUUGCUCAUUUGAAGAGCAUUAGCAGUCAAACCCAAAGAGGUGAUGCUGCUGCCAUUGCGCUGUCUCUCUUACAGUUCCUGUUGGAUUAUCAAUCGGUGAAGCUGAUCUACUUUCUGUUGGACAUCAUUGCUGUCUUUUCAAGACUUGCUUUCAUCUUUCAGGGGGACUAUCUGUUGCCAUCACAGGUGGAUGCAAAAAUUGAGGAUGCAAUUAAUGAAAUUGGGCAAUUGGUGGACUCCCCAGGGGAGUACCUACAGGAGUUUGAGGACAACUUUCGGGAGAGUUUCAAUGGCGUGGACCUCAAGAACUUGCGAGUUGCCGAGUCUAAGUUUCAGUCCAUUCGAGAGAAGAUCUGUCAGCGGAGUCAAGGCAUCCUGGCCCAACGUUUUGAUCCACGCAGUCGCACAGUGGUCCAAGCUUGCCAGGUCCUCGACCUGGCCUCGUGGCCUCUCAACAGGGAUGACCUUGGUGCAUAUGGAGAAGAGGAGAUCCUUGUAAUUUUUGACCACCUGGAGACUAUUCCUUUAUCUGGACGCGAGCUCUCCCAAGAAAGAAUAGAUGCCCGAGGAAGCCUCGUAGUUGAAUGGAGGGAUCUAAAAGCUGAUUACUGUAGUGUGAAUGGUUUUAAAGAAGUAGUCAGCCACAUCUUCAGAUACAAGCAGCGUUUUCCUCUUCUCAAUCACAUCCUACACGUUGUCAAGGUCCUGCCAACAUCAUCAACAUGCUGCGACAAAGGAAGAUGCUCGUUGCAAAAAGUGCGCAGAAACAGCCGUUCCAGACUGACUCUGGAUCAGAUCAACGAUCUGCUCACCUUGGCCGUUAACGGACCGCCUAUCGGGAGCUUUGAUGGAAAGCGUGCAUUGGACAGCUGGUUUGAAGAGAAAUCCGGGAACAGCUAUUCGCUCUCAGCAGAAGUGCUGAGCAGAAUGUCCACCGCCGAACAAAAGUCUGUGUUGCACAAUAUGGAUAUGAAUGCAGAGUAUUAUCCAGAUAUCUGACUGGUCGGCGCCAAUUACUCAGCCAACAUGAUUCCAAAAAGCCAUCUCGUUGGAAAAGGGCUGAUCGGGACUAUAAUGUGAUUGGCCAAGUAGUUUGACAUUGGCCCUGCUGCUAAAAUGGCCUAGAUCAGCGUCUUCUCUAAGAGUCGGUAUGAAUGCCUUUGCAGGUCGCAGGCACAUGAAACACUUUAAAAUGUUCAUGUAAAUGGUUGUGAUGUGUUGCUAUGUGUUUUUGUCCCAAAGAGAAACUAUUUUCUUGCCGUUAGGUGAACGUUCGAGUGAGCGCCAUUUCAUCAGGCAUUGGUGAGUGAAGCGUCUUUUUUUAAAUCUCUGGAAAUGUCACCUUCCUGCAACAACUAAUUCUAACAAAAAAGUUUCUGGAAAAACAGAUCUAUUAUUAUAUCUGCAAUAUAAUUUGAGCAAUCAUUCUGUAUCUGUAUGUAGACUUGUGUGUAUGGAAAUUAUAUAAAAAAAAAGUGCUUAAUUUUUAUAGCAUGUUCUUAAUGCUGGUUAUCGCUAAUUGGAAUGGAAAUAGCCACUAUUUUGCCAUGCAGUAUAUUCCUAACAUUUUAUAUUUUUUUUUAGAUACUAUUAGUUAACCAUUACUCUAUAAGAUUAUGUGUAAAUCUUGGUUUGAUAACAUGUUGAUGUGCCAUAAUACUUUAUGCAGUCAGGCACCUGUAAUGUGCAGUUUACACCCAAUCUGAUUUAAAGAUUUUAAAUAUAUAGCCUAAAUAUGCAAGGUUUGAAUGCCUUACCGAUCUUAGCAUGUGCUGGUGCUUGAUUUCUGGUACAUGUUUUUAUGUACAGGCCCACUUCCCAAGAGCCAGUUCAAAUUAAGCAACAAAUAUAUGUUUACUUUUUAAUGCUGCAUAGAUGCGGCUUAAAUAGUCAUAUGUUUACUAGUAAUUUUAAUGAUGAACAGAAAAUAUUUCAGUAAUAAUACCCCAAAGUUGCAUCACUGUGUGUCUCAGCAAUACUUUUCACCCAAUGUAAAUGCUUGUGCAUGAUGUCACCACUAGUAGGCGACACUGUACGACCUUUGGAUAAAAUUUUAAUAUCUAAAAGAAUGACACUAUUUAAAUCAAAGUCAUACAAGAACAAAGCUUUUAUAUUUUUGAUUGUGUUAUUAUGUGCAUUCGUGUAUUCUAGCAGUGCAUGUGUAUAUUUUCCCAUGUAUUUUCAUUAUUUUUGCCUUACCUUGCCUUGCCACUAAAUUCCAUUAGUUAUACCAGUGCAAUAUAUAUUUUACACUUAAAUUGUAUAUUCUUAAUUACAAGCAAGUCUAAUACUUAACAAUAAUGUUCUUUGAAGCAAAACUGUGGAAUUUCCAACAUGACUGAGCAUGUUACAAGAUGCAUAUGGAUUUUUUUUUCUUCAUCUUGUUUUAAAAAUUCCCAUAAUUUUUAAUCAUAAGAUUAAAAAAAUGUCUCAAGGUCAAAAAAAGGAGUCACCAUUAGAGAUCUUUUAAUAAUUACAAGGCUUUUAUAAUAGUAAUAUUUUCAAUGUUGUCAAUUCUGUUCAUACAUUUGUUAAAGCAUUAUUAUCAGUUUAGAAAAUAUUGUAAUCUGUGAUAUAUCUCAAUUUAUUAAUUUUAAACACAGUAAUAUUGAAGAUUAUUGAUUGUUCUCACUGUAUACAUCUGUGCAAAAUCAAAAAAGGAGUAAUGCAGUCUUCUCUAAAGUUACGUUAACCUUUAACUUUCCACAUGUACAGUUAAUGCUGGACUACCUUCCAUGUGCUGCAACAUUUACGUUAAUCAAACUGAAAUGGCUUGUCUUUAUUUUAAAAUAGAGUUUUUGCACGUCUGAAAAUUUAGCAUGUGUUUAAAGCUUCAGAAAGCUUGUAUAUUAUCUAGUUAUUUCAAUAAAUCUGUUUUUAUUCUGUUUUAAUGAAUGUACAUUUUAAAAAGAGAAAUUUUCUAAAAGAUCAUUCUCAUUUAAUUGGUCAAAAACUAUUAAGUUUCAAAGUAGUUCGUUUUUUUAGCAAUUUAUGGCAUAGCAUACCCUGAGCUCAUUUGGAAUAGCAAUAGGAUUGUGAAAGGACUAAUAAGUAAGCUGCCAAAAAUCUAACUUUUCUUUUAUGUGUGUAUGUGAAUGCUUUUGAAUGUUAGACUGUUACCUCACAGUGAGGUAUGCCACUGAGUGAAUCUUCUCAUAUUGUGUUGGGAGCUAUAUGCCAUAGCUGUGUCAAAGCAAACAUUUGCUCAUCUUCAAUGGUGAAUUCUCAUAAAAUGAGCCAAAGUCGAGCCUGAUUUUGUUUAGUUAAGGCUUUAAUGUGUAUUUUCCUUUAAUCAAAUACUGUGUGUACCAAAUGUAAAUGUUAUGUCUAGAUUCACAAUUUUGUAUUUCGCUUCAUUUACUUGUCAUGUAAACAAUAAUGUGCAGCGUCCGUGUCAUGGAUUGUUAUGAAGUGGUUUUUUUUUUUUUUUCCCAAUGUUUUUUAUCUGGGAGACACCGGGUCUAAGGCCUAAGGAACAAAGUUACUUCUGAGUUCAAGUAUUUUCAAAUGAAAUAAGUGAAUGGUAGCUCUAUAUUCACAUUCUGUUUGUUUUUGCAAAGAGAUCUAUGCCAUUAUACACUCUUUCUUCCUGAAAACAUAACACUGGAAACACAAGAAUAUGAACUACAUGUGAAAUGUAUACCUGGAGAAUGUGUACUUGUAUUAUAGAAACCCACUUAAAAUGACAGCAUAUGGAAUCUAUAUUCAACAAAUAAUGGUUUAAUAAAGUUUUUUUUGUUA